AUGACGAUGAAACACGUAUCCGAAAUUUCCCGUUUAGCCUGCACAGAUCCGCAAGUAUUAAUGGUACAAUUUGGAGAGUUAGAUCUGUUACGAAUCCACGUUCGCUUGCAUGAUGUGAAUAGGUUCAUUAACACCAGUAAAUUGUUGUUACGAGUUACUUCUCCGAUCGAUGCCAUAUCAUUUGCGUUACCAACCGGAAGUGGUCAUUCAGAAUACGUUGUGAUGUUACCUGGUCUAGAUGUGCAUACUGCAAAACCAUUCAUUGACAACAGAUCUAUUUAUUUGGUUAUUUUAGUCGUAGCAAAUUCAAACGAUAUUUUAACUUACAGCAUUUCUGUCAAAAUUUAUGAUCGUUCUCAAUACAACGUUAUUUUGCGUCCAUCAAAAUUUAACCACUCUAUUUCGAAUCAAAAGGUUCUAACAUUGAUGCCAGCUGCAUUUAGAGUUGACAUUUCUGAUGUUUCUAUCCGAAUGCUUAAGAUAUCUGUGAUUAGUAAUGAUAAUUCAUGUGCUUGGAUAAUGAUUCGAAACUAUUCGACUUCAUUUCUGCAUUCAAGGAUGCUUGCUAUAAAUUCUUCCAUGCGAGUAUCAUUCACUCGAAAAGCAUCGCUCGUACUGCUCGCCAAUUCACCAUUGCAUGUUUUUGUAAUGAUGAUGAAUGAUGACCGUGCAUGCAAUAUAUUUGCUCCUACUCGAGAAUAUAACCACAGAAAGAAAUUCGACAUCAAGUUUAGUAUAGUAGAAUCAAUUUCAAUAUAUCCCUUGGUAACAACGACGGUGUUUUAUUUGGUAUUAGUUGUUGUAUUCCUUAGAAGCGAUCAACUUAUGCCGCCUCUUCAUUGCAGUCAGGGUGAAACCGAUAUGCCGCUGAUCGUUCUAUUAGAUGAAAAUAAUUUAGAAGCAUCUUCAGGUUCUACACAGCAGAAAACCAUACGUGUUAACAAUUCACAAGGUAUUCUUGUGGAUAUUGAAAUGGAUAAGGACAAGCAGCAACCUGUGAAAGAUAUCGAAUUGCUGAAGACUAAUAAGCAACGGUCCGUUAGUACUGAUACAAAUGAAAUUGUUGUGCAAAGCUUUGAGUCGAAUUGGAAGCAUUACAUUACUUAUUUUGCUUGGUUGCUAAUUAUACUUCAAUAUUUUCAUACAUUAUUAUUGGAUCAGUUGACAUUGAUGACAGAUAAUUUGGAUGUCUGUCAUUACAACAUGGAAUGCUCGGUUGCACUAGGACCGUUUAUGACAUUUAACCACAUGUACAGUAAUGUAGGAUAUUUAUUAUUCGGUUUUGUUUUCAUCGUUUUAAUCAGCCGUCGUUAUAAGUGCUGCAAAUACCGCCUCUGUGAUGGAUACAAUUAUUGCCCGCAAGUUUUUCUUAAUGUUGGUCUGAUGAUGUGUUUAGAGACUUUUGCUAGCGCUUUCUAUCAUAUUUGUCCGAAUCCGCGAACCUUUCACAAUGAUACGUUAUUUGUCGAAAUUGCUUUGAUUCUCCUAAUGGUACGGUUCUAUUUUGUUCGCCGUGGCGGUAUUUCACUAAACGGAAUCUUCUACUCAAUUACAUUUGCCAUUGCUUUCCAUUUUGCGAGUAAUGCCCUAACAUUAGCGAUUAUUCUCACAUCAGGAUUGCUAUUGCUUAUCGCUUUCCAGUAUCAUUUAUUUCUUAGCAGUCAAUCGUCUACUGAAUCUACUCCAUCUCGAGACUGCAGGAAAUGGUUGCAGUAUUCUUGGCAAUUGCUCAUAAGAAAUGGAAUGGACAAAACUUUGAAAUUGAAGAAAAUAUUGUUGGUUUGCAGUAUUGCAUGUAAUAUCGCACUAGUGUUAUUGUUCGAGACAGGUAUACUGCAAACAUUACACAUCACAUUGUAUAUUAUAAUGCUUAAUACUGCUGGCUAUUUUAUUUAUUACAUUUCCUGUAAGAUUAUUAAUGGUGAAACAAUCCUUAAAUAUGGUCUUGUUUAUGCUAUUACUUCGUUUCUGCUUUGGAUUGCUGCAUUUUAUUUCUUCAAUCAUAGCAAGAACGAUUGGACUCUAACAGCAGCACAAAAUCGAGCAAUUGCUGAAGAGGAAUGCAAAGUGUUCCAAUACUUUGACUCUCACGAUAUUUGGCACUUUAUUUCUUCUCUGGCAUCGUUCUUUUCAUUACUUACGAUUGUCGUCCUUGAUGAUGAUAUAAUGAUUUCCAAAUCCGAUUUUGGUCGACGAUUGAUUUCUGCCUUCUGA